GCCGCGGGCAGAGGGGGAGGGCACAAUCGGAGGCAGCCCCGAAGGCUGGGGGGUCCGAGAUCGAGUCUGCGGGGCGCGCGGGCAGGGGUUUAGCCAGCUGGGGUUCGACAUCGGAGAGGCAAUACUGGCGUGGGGGGCCUGGGGAAGGCGGUAUCGUGUGAAAGGACCAACCCGGGUCCAGGCAAGAGGGAAGGGAUUUGAGCCUACAAGGAUCCAGCUCGAUUGAAGGUACCGUAUACAGCAAAUCAGGAUUCAGAGAAUCAGUCUCUCCCCGCCCCUCCACCUUUUUAUUUUUUCCACUCUUGUUUGGCUCUUAACAGCGAUGUGGGUGCCCGGACUCCUGGGUCCCUUGGCCCUGCUGGCCUUUUCUGCAGGUGGCUGCCAGGGACUGUCCUUCCAGCUUCCACCGCAGACGCGCAAGUGUCUGAAAGAGGAGCUUCACCGAGAUGUGAUGGUCACCGGGGAAUUCGUGGUCUCGGAAGCCACUGCGCCGGGGAUCAGGACAGACUUGCGGGUUACGGACUCCUCUGGCCACCUCUUGUACUCCAGAGAUGAUGCCAAGAAAGGAAAAUUUGCCUUCACCACGGACGACUAUGAGAUCUAUGAGAUUUGCUUUGAGAGUCAUGGCCAGCCAGGGAAUUUCCGGGUGCCUGACCAACUGGUCACCCUCGAUAUCAAGCACGGUGUGGAGGCACGGAAUUAUGAAGACAUUGCGAAGGCUGAGAAACUCAAGCCCUUGGAGGUGGACCUUCGUCGGCUCGAGGACCUUUCCGAAUCCAUCGUCAAAGACUUUGCCUUCAUGAAACAACGCGAGGAGGAGAUGCGUGAUACCAAUGAAUCCACCAGCGCUCGGGUCUUCUACUUCAGCAUUUUCUCCAUGCUCUGCCUUGUGGGUCUGGCCACUUGGCAGGUCUUCUACCUCAGACGUUUCUUCAAAGCCAAGAAACUCAUCGAGUGAUUGAGGUCCGGUUUGGGCACAGGGGGAGAGGCAAGAAGUGGGCGGCCCCCAUUUACUGGACUCCCCUGCCUAGUUGUGCCAUGGAUCUAGCCUACAACCUGUUAGGUGUGAACCAUGCUCAAUCUCUCUCCGCUGAAUUAUUCCACUCCAAAGGUGACUGGAUUCUCCACCCCCACCCCGGGAUUUCCUUGUGGCCAGGAGGACUCGGUGGAACCUGACAACUGGACUGGAUCUCUUUGCUAGCCGGGAAUGGAGCGAUUCAUCAGACAAGGCAUGGAUUCUGGAGAGCACAUUAGAAAACCACUUGCUGUUCCUCCCAAACCGACUGUGGUGCUUGUCUGCUCUGCAGGGUGGUGGUGGUGGGAAUGUGGUGGGGCGGGUGUUUUAAUUAGACUCUGUAAUUUAAGUCCCAAGUGCUAAGCGUAAUACUUUGAAAGUAAUAAAUUUUGGUUCCUA